UAAAGCGACAGAGGAGAUUCCGCGUGGGUAUGCGGAUAAGAUCCGUUUCUUGCUUGGAGGCGGUGGAGGGAAACUUGGAGCGAUGGGGAAACGGAGGAACCGGAGCCGAAGCCAGAGCCAGGUGCUGAAUAGCCUCAGUAAAAAGCAGAAGAAGCACCUACGGGACUUCGGGGAAGAGCACCCGUUCUACGACAGGGUUUCUGGAAAAGAAGCAAAGCCUCAAAUCUGCAAGCUGUCAGAGAAUUCAGAUCAUUCGAGUUCAGAAAGUGAUUCAGACAGCGAAUCAGAAAAGGUCUCUGAAUACCACAAGUUACUUGCCACCCUGAAGAAUGUUUCAGAGGAGGAGGAAGAUGAAGAGGAAGGAGAGAGUGCUGUAGAAGAAGAGGCAGAAGUGGAGAGUGAAGGAGACCAUAGAGACAGCAGUUUGGAGAAGGAGGAAGAAGAGGAGGAGGAGGAGGGGGAGGAACGGGAAGGAAAGAGGGGAGGAAAAGAGGCUGAUGUGGCCCUGUCUGACGCAGAGGAUAAAGAUGGGGAAGCACUUUCCCGACCGAGAGCUGCUGAGGACGAGUUCACAGAUAGGAAACAUGAAUCAGAAUUCAGCCUGGAAACCAAUUUCCUAGAGGAGGAGGGUGGAGACCACAGGGCCCUUCAGAAGGACGUCUCGGCUGUGAAAGCCUCAGAAGAUCCAUUUCUACAACAUAUGAAUAAAGAACUGAAAGAAAAAGACAUCCAGGGUGUCAGCACAAACCCCAAAAUUACCCAGCAACUAAACUGGUCAACUCUGGGUCAACUCGUGUUUUCAACCCAGUUUCAUACGCUGGAGACUUUUAAGCCUCCAAAGGACAUUGACUUGAUGACACUCCAUCUCCAGAAGCCCUUGGAUUCCACAUGGUCCAAAAUAAACGGCCAAUUCCUCUCUGGCCCCCCAAAACCAAAUGGACCCUUCUCCCCUCUACAGAAAGAGCUCUUCUCAGUUAUGAACUCAUAUCGGGACUUGUUGUACCCAGAAAGGACAGCACUGGGGAAUGGGGAAGAGAUCCGUCAUGUGUACUGCCUUCAUGCCAUGAACCAUGUUCUCAAAGCCAAUUCCCAGGUGCUCAGCAAUAAUAGCAAACGCCGAGAUAAGAAACCAAGGGCAGGUGAUGAUGACGAUGCCUUCAGGGACCAGGGGCUCACUCGACCCAAGGUGUUAAUUGUUGUUCCUUUCCGGGAGGCUGCUCUCAGGGUGGUACAGCUCUUCAUCAGUCUCUUAGAGGCAGGAAGCAAGAAGAAAAUAGAUGUGAGUAACAAAAAACGGUUUAAGGGAGAAUAUGGGUCUGACCCGGACGAGAGACCUCCCAAUCUGAAGAGGCCUGAGGAUUAUGACGCUGUGUUUGCUGGCAACAUUGAUGACCACUUCCGGAUAGGAGUUGCAGUUCUUCAGCGAAGCAUCCGACUUUAUGCUCCAUUUUACUCCUCCGAUAUUCUCAUUGCCUCCCCUCUUGGCUUGAGGACCAUUAUUGGUGCAGAAGGAGAAAAGAAGAGGGACUUUGACUUCUUAUCUUCCAUUGAGAUUCUCAUCAUUGACCAAGUCGACAUUUACCUGAUGCAGAAUUGGGAGCAUGUCCUGCAUCUGAUGAAUCAUAUGAACUUACUUCCUUUGGACUCUCAUGGGGUGGACUUCUCCCGAGUGCGCAUGUGGAGCUUGAAUAACUGGUCCAAAUAUUACCGACAGACGCUGCUGUUUGGUGCCUUGCAAGAGGCCCAGAUCAACUCAGUCUUCAGCAAGUACUGUGUCAAUUACCAAGGGCAGGUAGCUGUGAGGAGCAUCUCGAUGACUGGCUCCAUCAGUCAGGUCCUGGUGCAGCUCCCACAUGUCUUCCAGAGACUAGAAGCUGAAAACCUCCUUUCUGUAAUAGAUGCCAGGUUUCAUUUCUUUGUGGAUAAGAUCUUACCUCAGUAUCGAGAUGCAGUCAUGUCUCACACUCUCAUCUAUGUCCCAUCCUACUUUGACUUUGUGAGACUCCGAAAUUAUUUCAAAAAGGAGGAGUUAAACUUCACCCACAUCUGUGAAUAUACUGAGAGGUCUGGUGUCUCUAGGGCCAGACACUUCUUCCUCCAAGGAGAACGUCAAUUUCUGCUUUUUACAGAACGUUUCCACUUCUAUAAAAGGUACACAAUAAAGGGCAUCAGGAAUCUGAUUUUCUAUGAGUUGCCAACCUACCCCCAUUUCUACAGUGAAGUCUGCAAUAUGCUGAAAGCCACUGGUGGGGGGGAGGAAGCCACAUGGACCUGCACUGUCUUGUAUUCAAAGUAUGAUGCCCAGAGGCUGGCAGCCGUGGUUGGUGUGGAGCGGGCAGCCCAGAUGCUUCAGUCCAAAAAGAACGUUCACCUUUUUAUUACUGGAGAAAAAUGAGGGGGGCUUUGGUGGCGAGGGAAUGGGAUUCUGUAACUCACCUGAUGACCUGGUGCUGAGUGCAUGUGGUUCUGGGAGGCUGAUGCUGAUACAUCUAAAACACUUCACCUUCUAAGGGCGUGCUUGAAAAGUGUGUGUGAGCUGAAUUUUUGUAAAUCAGAGGCUAUUUUAAAUACUUUGCGGGUAGGGACAGAGGAAGACAAGUUGGGAGACUCACAUUUAAAAGAAAUAUACAGUGGGGUCCUUCUGUAAAUAAUAGACCAUUUUUGUAAUCACUCCUAAUUUAAUUUAAGCUGGUAAGUUUAUACAUUUUGUCUAGCAAGUUGUUACAAAAUAGGGCAUACUGUAAUUGGUUGUGCCAGUCAGAGAUGAGGCACAAAGCGGCUGGUGGUAGAUAACCACUUGUUGCUACAUGUAAGGCAGAUAGGUGGUGCUUAUAGAGCCCUGGGCCUAGAGUCAGGAAUACCUAAAUUCAGAUCCUGUGCAAGUUAU